AUGUUCAAAAAGAUCCAUUCUAUAUUUCACCCCAGUUCCCACCGAAGAAAGGUGACAGACAACAUCCCUUACUGUGAUGGCACGGGUUCUGCAGUGAGACUGAUCCGCAGCACUUCUAUGUAUGUUCUUGGUGGUGAGCAGGAGAAAGUUAGUGAACCACUGAAAAAAUGCAAAAGUACAAGCAGCAUCGACUCCUGUGCUUACUUCCAGCCAAAAGAGGAAGACAGGGCCUGGAUGUACUCCAAGACUCAGGACUUCCUGAAGUACCUACAGGAUCUUUUAGCCUUGAGGAAAAAAUAUCUUGACAGUAUCAAUAACUUAAAAUCCAUGCAUAUGGCUGCAGAUUCCCCAGUGUCCACAAAAUCAUCUAAAAGUGGAAAAAAGUCAUUACCUCCUCUUCCUUCCAAAGAGUCUCCUAAGGCAUCUAUGGAAAGAAAAGUCCCACAGUCCAGUUCAGAUGUGAGAGAAGCUAUAGCUUUCUUCGACUCAGUUAUUGCAGACCUGGACUCAGAGAGAUGGCGGAGAGUUCCUGACAUGGAUCUGCCAAAUGUGGAUGUUGAUUUUGAUGUUGCUACCAGCACAAGUGAACACAGUUUACAUUCAAACUGGAUCCUUCGUGCUCCCCGGAAAUACUCACAAGAUACUGCCCAAAUGGCAAAGGCUUCAAGCCAAUCUCAAGGAAACAUCCAGCGGAGAACCACUGGCUCUAGAAAGAGAUUGGAAAGACAUCCCAUAUACUUGCCCAAAGCUGUGGAAGGGGCAUAUAACACUUUAAAAUUUAAGCCCAAAACACAUAAGAAAGAAUUUUGA